GUAUUUUUAAUAAUUCUCUUCAUGGAUUUUUAAAUAUUAAUUUAUAACACAAUUUAAUGCUUUGUCCGAUAUAUAGAGGCUGAAUUAUUAACGGAAAGUCAAAUUAUAUUACAGAUUACUUGCAAUAGUAACAUCGGUACUGAUAUUGAUAGAAUGUAUUAAAGUGACCCUGACCUCUAUUCGGAUCAUCGUCAGACCCAGAAAUGAAAUGUGGGCCUCAUAAAUGGGCAUUCAAAUAAACCGCAAAUUAGUGGAUAUUGAAAUGGUACACAUUGCUAGGUUAGGUGCGCCAUAGUCGGAUCUCUAAAGAAUAACGGGAGUCAAUUGAUAGGUAUUAUAUACACAAGUGACACACAUGAUACGAAAGACAAAGAAUCAUCUCUAUUGAAAUCUUAUCAUUGAAAUUUCAGUUUCAUAAAUUUUACAGUAUUCAGAUAUAUAAAAAUGCUAAUUCCGUCUAAGUAUAUUAAUUAAAUGCUAACCAAGUAUAAUUGUAUUUGAAUUCACAUAAGGGACUCGGAUAAAAUUCAUAUAAAAACAAAAAUCUCUCCAAAGUUAAAAUAUAUAGAUAGUGACGAAAAUCACGGGAAUUUUCACUUAAGAAUUCUCAUGAAUACGCAAGUAUGACAAACUCUUAUAGGUUGGUACUGAUUGCAAAGGAUUCUCAAGUACUACAAUACUGAAAUUCAUGAUUACGGCUAUUGUUAAUGACAUGCAUUUGUAAUUUAGUGUCCUUUUUGAAUAGGAAUACAUAUGUCAACUUUUUGGGUCAUUCAUUCAUUCCUGGAAUUACAUAGUUACAAGUGACUGAGAUUAAGUAGCACGAAGUGAGCGAGUAGAUACAUAUUACAUCUGAAAUUAAUUGGGUCUGUUUCAACCCUUUAAAAUGAAUUCAAGUCUAUUCGUCAACAAUAAUAUAUAUUUUUGAGAAAUAUUUUUUUAUAGAAUAUGAAAAAUCGUUUACGUAAGGCAGUAAAGUUUAAGCAAGGAAUACAUAGUCUGUAAUAGCAAAAUUUGGAAACAGAUAAUAUAUUAAAAAUAUAUAGUGACUAACCACCAUCGAUGCUAUACUUCCACUUGGAACAAGAAAAUCCAUUCUGAACAUAGGUGUACUCUUUAUUUAUUGAAAAACAGAUCUUUCUUAUUUCCUUUGCGUUCAAAAUUUAUGAUUAUUUAACACUUUCCGAUGUAAACGUGUAAUAAAAGAUUCUAACACUACUUUUCAAAAUGGCACGUAAGUACUUCAUAAAGUCAAGACAGAGCCGUGAAGAAAAAAAGGAACUAAGUAAUUUUCUCUGUUAAUCAAGCAAGAAAUGUAGAAAGAAAGACAAUUUAGUCCGUUGAAUUUCCGUAAGAGGCGCAUGGUAGGAAAUAUUUGUCAAAGUCGUUACUGGCCGAGUAAAAAGCGAAAAGUAGCUCGAGCCUGUUUGUCAUAGGAAUUAAGGUCCUCCUUGGCUUCUAUAUAUUCGGGCUGUUUCACUUGGCAGUAAGUUACUUUGCUAUUUUUUCUCGUCAUGACUUCUUUGCGCGUUUUAAUACUUCUGGGAAUACUCGCAGUCGUUAUCGUCGCUGAGGAACCUGCGCCAUCUGCUAAGCAAGCUCUCGAAUACGACGAUGACUACGAUGACGAUUAUGAUAUUGUUGAUCUCACGUCGAAAAAAGGGCCUCAUCCUUUGAAGCAUAAACACAAAUAUCCAUUCUCUUUGCCGAGGAUGUCCGGUUUCAGUAUCGUGCAUCUACCCCAUCACGGCUUCUUUGGGGGCGGGCUAAAAAGCCUGGCAAUCUUCCUGGCGAUCAAGAUCAAGAUCAUACUGAUAGUCGUUGCUGUCAUUGGCAUUAUUGGAUUCACGCUGAAAGUCUUUGGCGGACUGAAGUACGCAGGCUACUUUAACAAAGACUGCCCUGUCAUUCACGAACCAGCCUAUGGAUUGGGAUAUUCGGCACCUCCACCAGAGGAACACAACGAGCAUUACGCUUCUUAUGAGAGUGAUUGGUCGCCAACAGAGAAUUAUGCAAGAAGCUUCAUUGACAAUUACAUCGAUACAAAUUUUGUUUAUCGCAUUCUGAAAAGUAUGGACAUGGCAGAGUUGAUGUUUAACGCAAUGGAAAUUGAGAGCGAUCAAUGCCGAAAACGUUUCGUUUGCGAGAUGGACAAAAAAACGGAGAAAAUUCCUGUCCUGAAAUAUGCAAUGCAAUUCUUCUCAUAUGGACUUGAGAAAUAUCGAGUGGAAGGCAAAGACAUAAAAUUUAACGAGUGUGCUAAACUUUACUCGGAAUGUGAAGAUGCCAACAAGGAAUCAACGACGCGUAGAAGAAGGAAGAGGAGAACAGUGGGAAGAGUUCGGAAGGUUAUUGGCUCAUCUUAAGUUUUCCAAAAGUUUUAGAUAGACUAAUAAAAUUACAAGGUUAAGAUUAAUUAAUAUGACAAAUACGAGAAAGCGAUGGAGUCUUGAAUAAUUCAUGAAAUUACUUGAACUGCUGCAAAAAAGGAGAAUGAGUCAUUCGGAAGUGUAAAUAGCUGCCUAAAAUUAAGAAAUACUAUUUAAUAUUUAUUAUUCUAUAAAUAAAUUAUUUCCACUUCUUUUUGAAAUUCAGUUUCUUUCUAAAUAAA